UAUGUUUACGAGAUAUUGUAGUAAACUGACUAACGUUAAGAUGCCCAAUAAGGUGUCUUUAAUAAUUGCUUAAGAACGUUCCUGGAAAUAUGAUUUUCCCCCGAAACAUCGAGGGUCAUAGGGCGACAAUAUUUUAUGUUACACAAACGGCAUUGGUCCAAUUAAUCAGCUUUUUUGUCUUUUCUAUGUUUGUAAUAAUUGGUUUUAUAUUAUGGGUGAAAUAUUAAAUUACAGGUAUACAAAUGGAUCGAGAUAACGUCAGACCGAACUACCGUGUCGUUGUUCUCGGGUCAGCGGGCGUUGGCAAAUCGUCCAUAAUUAGCAAAUUUAUGCACGACAGAUUCUUAGAAAGUCACAAAGAAACGAUCGAGGAACUGCACAGACAUGUGAUGUGGUUUGACAGCGUUUCUGUAGAAAUUGAUAUUCUAGACACGUCGGGCUCUUAUCAAUUUCCCGCAAUGCGCAAACUUGCCAUAGCUACUGGAGACGCUUUCGUACUCGUGUAUUCAGUUGACAACACGUCGAGCUUCGAGACCGUGAAAAUACUACGUGAUGAAAUCCGAGAACAGAAACCGAAGGGCAAAUAUUCAAUUGUCGUCGUUGCAAACAAGGUCGAUUUGGAGACCUUUAAGGACACGUCUUGUGCCGUGACUGAAUCAGUUGUAUGUAUGGAUUGGGAAGAGAGAUUUGUGAUUGUGUCCGCAAAAACGGGCGAAAAUGUUAACGAAGUAUUCCAAGCUUUGGAGAAUAAAAUUCGAGAGCGAAUAACGUUAGAGGAAAAACGCCUGAAUUUUAUCAGGCGAAGAACAAUGCCCGUAAUGAGGAUGGCGAAAUCCGAAAAGUUCUCAGUCGGACUACUAAAAUCGAAAAGCAGAACGCAUUCAAUGGACUCGUGAAUACAUGGUGUGUUUCGAUUGAGUUCGGUGUCAACGGACACGGUUACGGCGACAGAAUGAACAGGCUAAUGCGUCGUGACAUUAGAGUAAAUUGAGACAAUAUUGCGCCUUACUUAUUUUGGUGUUAUAAAUCACCUUUUACACAUAGAAGACCGAUGUCCUUAGAAUCAUAUAUGAUAUUAGUAUGUUAUACAUAAAUAUACAUACAGAUGUGUAUUGUUGUAGCGAUUGGGAAAUGCUUUUAAUCCGUAUAAUAUUAUUUUUAUCGAUAUAUUUAUGAAUAGUGCUCGCUGUUGCAGGGACUUCAAACGUUCAAAUAAACUUAUUACGUACAGUUUAUGCAUUUAAUGUUAUUAUAAAAAUAUAAAGAUAUAACAUUACCGUUCAAAUGAAAUUGCGUUUCUUUUUCAAAGGCAUUUUUUGUGUUUCAAUGCUGAUGUUUGUUUUUAUUUUACUAUACUGUGAAUAUCGUAGCGAUAUUAUAUUGUAGUAUGUUGUAUAUGUUUUCAUGACCAGUAACGUUCAACCGUUACACAAGUUUUACUUGAAUAUAACGUUUUGUUAGAGUAUUAUAUAUGUUCGAUGUAAAACAGUGGUUCAAGUGUGCGAAACAAGAACAUCAUUAAGGACAUGAAUCUUGAUUAAAUGUAACUCCUUCGGGUAAUUACAUGCUUAAAUUAGUUCUACUGGUGUCCAUCAUAAAGUGUUUAUUGUCAAAAUAAUACGCUAAUUUAAGAUGAUUACUAGCUAUGAUAUAGUUGUCAAAUGUAGUAUACUUCCUUUCUAUUGUUUCAUCCAUUCCUAAAGAUUCAUCCACCCCUGUAUAUUUGAAAUAAAUGAGGAUUUCUUAUAACAUUUAUGUCAGUUAUCUGUAUUGGGGCAGUUCACAAAAUGUUUCUUUUGUUGUCGAAAUAAUGAGGGGAAAUACAUAUUGUGUAAAAACAUAAACAAUAAAAGGAUUUCUUUGUAAAUUUCUACACAAGGUUUGUAAAAGCCAAUGAUAUUGCACAAUCUUAAUUUCAAAUAAUGAACGGUUGUGUGUUUGCCAGGUAAGGUAAACUUCUGAUGAAGUAUAUCAAAAUUGUUGGAAAUUUCAGAUGUUUUCUUAUCAAAAUGGAAAAUGAACAGAUUGAACAGAUUGAUAGGAAAGAUCUGACAAAUUCAUGGUUGCUAGGGUACCUCUCUGAAAUCAGCCUGUUACUACAAAAAUAUAUUAUUUACGCAUCUGCUGACUGUAAUUUAUAAAGAAACACAUCAAACUUCAAGAAAAAGGCGUCAUUCCUGUUUGAAUUGUGUGCAUUUAUAAUAUAUAAUCUCUAAUGUGUUAAGUGGAUGAAUAUACAGGAAAAGAGGCUAUAUGAUAUCAUCUUAAUUAUUUUCAUGGCCUCAUGUUUAUGUUAAUCGUGUUUUGCUAUUAUUGACUAACAAAAUCAUGUGACGACAUACUAAGCAAAUAAAUAUCAAGAUAAUUUUCUUUAAGUCUUAACAACAGAUAAGUUCGUACGAUU